AACACGCAUUUCGCGCGAUAAACGUACGAACGUUCGCAGAUAACGGGGCCGUAUAAAAUCGACGCGCCGCGCCGUUUUCCGAUCAUGUUGCCCAAAUUAAUUGCGGGCGUGUUAUCGGUCGCUCUCGUCUCUUACCUAGUGAAGAUUUACAAACCCGGCAACAUGGCGCCCAACUACAAGCUGAUCUAUUUCGACGCGCCCGGCAGGGCCGAAACCAUCCGGUACAUAUUCGCCGUCGCGGGCGUCGAAUACGAGGACUACCGUUUCCCCAAGGAGAAGUGGCCGGAACUGAAGAAGGAGAUGCCGUUCGGAAAGGUUCCCGUGCUCGAAAUCGAUGGCCGCCAGGUGGCGCAGAGCAACGCGAUUGCCCGUUACUUGGCGAAGCAGUUCGGUUUGGCGGGCAAGAGUGACUGGGAGGCGUUGCAGAGCGACGUGCUCGUCGACACCCUCGAGGACCUCAAAAUGAGCAUGAUGGGCCCGAUGAGGGAGCAGGACCCGAUCAGGAAAGAGGAGCAGAAGGUCAAAGUCAUGAAGGAGGUCGUGCCGUACUACCUGUCCAAGUUCGAGAAGAUCGUGUCGGAGAACGGCGGCUUCUCCGUCGGUUCCGAGUUGACGUGGUCGGACCUGGCUUUCGCCGUAUCGCUGGACUAUUUCGAACAGGUGUACGGGGGCGACGCCCUGCGGCCGUACCCCGCGCUCAAGGGCCUCAAGGACAAGGUCCACGCGUUGCCCGCCAUCGCGGACUGGAUCGCCAAGAGGCCGCCGGCUCCCGCGAAACCCUAGUUUCGCACAACCUCCCCGAACCUUUCACGAUUCAAUGCAAGCCUAAAGUAACCAAUCAAAUUUAAAAAAAAAGUGGGUGUGUCGUGUAGGUCGUAGCGCGACGCUAGCGUUGUUGUUUCAAUGUUGUUAGAUUUAUUUUAAUAAACGGAAAGGAAAAUUCGA